UAGUUAUUUAAUUGUAUCGUUGAGUUUCUAACCCGAACUGAGGACUAUAAUCUGACGGGACUGAAAAACUGACUUGGGCUCAAAGUGAACUAACUGAAGUGAAUACUUAAAAUAGACUUAAAUUCAGGACUAUUUGGAAUUUUAGGUGUGUUAUAUAUUAGGGUUGGAUAGCCGAGGGUUGCGAGGAGGGCUGCGUCACGUGCGAGGUCCGCACUCCGCAACACCACGCAUGCGAGACCGCGGGGCGCCGCCAGCGCCUGCGCGAUCCGCCGGCCGUCAGUCCACCGCCGGCCGCCGCGCGCCCCGCCUGUGCCCCGCGCGCCGCGAGUGCUCCAAGUGAUGUCGCUCUGUGACUAGUGCCAUGCUCGUGCUCCGCUGUGCCCUGCUGGCGGCACUGCUCGCCGCCGCCGCCGCCGCCUGGCAGGAGAACGUGCGCCCGAAAGUCUUCGCCCAACUAGUUUCAGGCGUGGACGACACACACAAGUUUUUGGGCAACGAAACACACACAGACUACUUCAGAUUAUUAUUACGAGACGGCAACUAUCUGCUCGUUGGUGGGAGAAAUGUGGUGUACAACCUCAGUUUGACAGACCUGACGGAACAGCGUCGGCUGGUCUGGUACUCGCCGGAGAAUGACGUCAAAAUGUGCGUCGUCAAGGGAAAGGAUGAGGAGAGUUGUCAGAACUACAUCCGAGUGCUCGUCUCCUUGGGAACGGGCAGGCUCCUGGUCUGCGGCACCAACAGUUUCCGGCCCUUCUGCCGCGAGUACAGCGUGCAGAGAGACUCCUACCACAUGGAGAAAGAGAAGUCCGGGCAGGCCGUCUGUCCGUACGACCCGGAGCACAACUCCACUGCUGUGUGGGCUGAUGGAGAGCUGUACUCUGGCACGGUGGCAGACUUCAGUGGCAUGGAGCCAAUCAUCUAUCGGGAGCCUUUACAGACAGAAUCGUAUAACUCGCUAACUCUAAAUGCUCCCGACUUCGUAAAUUCAUUAGUACAUGGGAACUUCGUGUAUUUCUUCUUCAGAGAGACAGCUGUUGAAUAUAUCAACUGUGGAAAGUCGGUGUUUUCUCGCGUGGCCCGAGUGUGUCGCGACGAUCGCGGAGGACCACACCGCUUCAAGCAACGGUGGACGUCCUUCCUCAAGUCUCGGCUCAACUGCUCCGUGGCCGGAGACUUCCCUUUCUACUUCAAUGAGAUUCAAUCAACGACAGAGUUAAUAGAAGGCGUUUACGGUGGUUUAAGCGCCCAACUGAUCUACGGCACUUUCACGACGCCACCUAACAGUAUAUCGGGAAGCGCCGUAUGCGCCUUCAGCAUGCAAGACAUAGCUGACACUUUUGAGGGCACCUUUAAAGAACAGAGCGCUAUUAACUCCAAUUGGCUGCCUGUUAAUGGUGCAAAGGUACCCGAGCCAAGGCCAGGAACCUGCCACAACGACUCGCGACAGUUGCCAGAUCAGACGCUAGAGUUCAUCAAAACCCACGCGCUGAUGGAUGAAGCUGUGCCCGCGUUCUUUGGCGAGCCGAUCGUCAUUAGGACCAGUUUUCACUAUCGGUUUACGCAGAUCGCUGUAGACCCACAAGUGAAAACUCCCGGAGGAAAGUCGUACGAUGUGCUGUUUAUAGGAACAGACAACGGGAAGAUCAUCAAAGCCAUCAACGCGGCAUCAUACGACUCCAAUAAGCGCGCAGUCCCCGUCGUGAUCGAAGAGCUACAGGCCUUCGCUGCCGGCUCGCCAGUGCGAGCGUUACGGGUAGCACGCGCUGGUCGGGAUGCCGCGAGACUCAUCGCUGUGUCCGACCGGGAGGUGCUCAGUCUGCGGCUCCAUAGGUGUUCUAGUGACAAGAUCAGCUCUUGCUCUGAAUGUGUGGCGCUCCAAGAUCCCUACUGCGCUUGGGACAAGCAAGCCGGGCGGUGUCGAGCCAACUCUCACGGUGUCAGUCGGUGGUUGGACGAGAACUCUUUCUACCAGAGCGUCAGCACUGGCAGUCACGCCGCUUGUCCACACAGUGGCAAAGAUGCUAGUGCAGUAGGAGGAUUAAGUUCCGGUCUCUACGAUGAUGCUAGAGGGGAAACCAAAGGGGAAGUCAUCAACAUUGUACAAGACAAAGAGGGCAAGGGAAAUAACAAUAAUGAAGGGCCAGAAGUGCUGGCGGCCGACCCGCCGCCCGCCGCCUACUCGGUGGAGACGCUGGCGCUGGCCGUGGCGGCGGGCGCGCUGGCCGCGCUGGGCGCCGGCUUCGCGGCCGGCUACAUCUGCGGCCGCCGCUGCAAGAAGGACGAGGACGACAACAUGCCCUACCCGGACACCGAGUACGAGUAUUUCGAGCAGAGACAGAAUAUUAAUAGGAUCCAAGCCGAACCCAAGCUCCUCCAGCAAGUGGAAGAAGUAACCUACGCAGAGCCAGUCCUCGCCCCACAACCUAAGCCCGCGUCCCCCCGCGCCACCCUCCGCAAGCACCCGCCGUACCACCCGCACCACGAGACGCUGUUCCAAUUCCAGCCCGACGCCUACCGCCGAGACAACUUCGGAACGCUGCGAUCGCAUCAGGUCAAUGGCGACGGCUACCGGCGCGGCAACGACAACGGCUUCUCGACCACGCGCUCCGUGAAGAAGGUGUACCUCUGAGAGUCGAGCGGGGCGGACGCGCGGGACAUGCACCAUCAUAAGCAUAAUACGCACCACCACCACACGUUGGUGUCGCAGCGCAGCAGCGGAUCCGGGUCGGGGUCGGCGAGCGGCGGCGGGUCGUCGUCGUCGCCCUCGCCGCCGUCGUCGUCGCCGUCGCCGUCGGGCGAGCGGCCGCCGACGCCGCCGCCGCCCGCGCCGCAG